UAUAAUUAUCAUAGUUGAAUAUUUUUUUAUUUAAAAGGGGGGGUGGCCAGUUAGGUGUAUAAGUAUAAUAUACACCAUAAUUUAACGAUUACUGUCUCAACGAUAAAACGUUCUUGGGUUUAUUAGGAAGACAAUAUGGGUAUGAUAACACGGGUCAGGGGUCGGGUUAGAGCAAAUUCUUUAACCGUGGACAAAGAAAAAACGGCACAAAGCGUUUGUCUUUUAAGUGCAGUCUUAUUGCUACCAUAUUGUCCUCGUGGUCCGUUACCACUUCUACCCUCACCAGCACCAGCAUUGUAUUCUGCUUUGGUUUUACCUGUCGUAUUCAGCGCCAAUUACAGAUACCCCGUUUACACCUUAAAAGCACUCGUAGAAGCAACAACAGGUGCAUUAUCGAAAGCAUGGAAACCACUUUAUCGUUUCUUAAAACGUUUAUAUGGACCAGUAGAUCGUGCAGAAAAUCUUUUUCUAAGGAUGAAAAAUAUCUCAGUGAUGGCUAAUCAAAUAGUAUUUUUAAUGCUAGCGGAUAAAGUAUUGGUACCUAAGGAAAGAAUGACGUGUCUUUAUACGCUUAUGUUUUAUAAUGUUAUCGCGUAUUGCGUGAGCUAUAUAAAGGAACUGAUAGAAAAAGAAGACUGGACACCCUACGUUACUUUAACGGAAAGAUCACAAAUCAAACAUCUUGCUAUGUCGGCUACAAAGAUUGUCUUAGAGUGGACCAAGGCCGUUACAUUCGUCGUAACUCUAACCUUCAUGCUCCUCGUAUUCGGUUUGGAACAAGGACUUGAACAUUACAAGCCCUCGACUCUGUAUACCGUAUUAACGUGGAUCUACUAUUCAGCAACGGAAAAGGUUUUCGUGGAUAUGUUUCCAACUAUUCUAGGAUAUUUACAAUUAGAAGCAUUGGAAAAUAUCGAGAAUCUUUACGCUCCUGUUAUAUUAAGAUACUUUACUAUUGGAAUGUCAGCUUUCUUCAGUUUAAUACUUUUACCAACUGCACCCUGGAGAUUUCUAUUCGUUGCAACGUAUCUAAACGUUUACUUAAGAUGGAAAGAACUUAUGCAAAAUUCAGGAGCUGCGUUAAAACGCGAACGAGAGAUAUUAAAUCGAUAUAGAAAAGCUACCGCGGAUGAGAUCGAUAGGUUCGAUGAUGUCUGCUCUGUUUGCCUUUAUACCAUGACAAAAGCUAGAGUGACACCCUGCCAUCAUCUUUUCCAUGCGGAUUGCCUCAGGCAAUGCUUAAAGACUAGCGACAGCUGUCCCAUGUGCAAGCGAGAACUUAAAUUUGACUGAAAUAUUACGUGGCAGGCAUGCACGCUAUAUACAUUAAGAAAAUGAGGAAAAAGAGAAAAAAAAGUUAUAUACAUAUAUAUACACGUUCGUUCCUUUUUAUUUUUACUACUUUUUAAUACUUUAUCGCGUUAGGAGUUUCGUUCGGAGAAUAAUUAUUUCUGUACUUACUUUCAAUCAACAUUUACAAUAAAGAAAUCGAAUCGUCGUUUUAAAUAGUA